AGAAGAGGCCCUUUUCUCCUGCCACGUUCCUCAGUUUCCCUCGGACAUACGUAGCAGCCUGCCACUCCCCAGCUUACAUGACUGGUUUUCUGGGAUCGCAUGGGUCAGCCCCACCUCUGCAACAGAUACCUCCACUAUUCUUGAGUUUCUAUCUCCCUAAAAUGUUUCUUGACAUGAAUGGACCUCUUUGUGCAUGGGGCAGAAGGAAUGCAUACGUGUUGGAGUGGAGGGGCAUUCUUAAGGGUUCCUCAGGCUCCUUCUUCCAUAAAAUGGUAUCAUUUCAAGGUGUGAUGGAAAUUCUACGUCCUUUUGGAGCCUGUCUCUCUACUUCUCUCAUAGCCUUCUUUUUCCUCCUCAUCAUGAUGCCUAAAAUGGCCUUAGGGGAGUUCAGAGUGAUUGGACCUGCAGGACCCAUUCAGGCCUCACUUGGGGGAGAGGCAGAGUUACCAUGUUACUUGUCCCCACCUCAGAGUGCUCAGCACAUGGAAGUGAUCUGGUUGCAAUCCACUCAGAUGGUACAUCUCUAUCAAGAUGGAGAGGAUCAUUUUGGAGACCAGGCCCCUGAUUACCAAGGGAGGACAGAGCUGAUGAGAGAUGCUAUCACAAGUGGGAAUGUCACCCUGAAGAUACGAGAUGUGAGACUCUUGGAUGCAGGAAAAUACACAUGUCUCAUCGCAGAUGGUUUUUACCAAGAGCAAGCUGACGUGGAGCUGAAGGUCUUAGGUGAAGAACCUGAGUCACCGACUGUGCUACCAGAACCAUUUAUAUUCAUUUAUAGCAUUUUCUCCGUGUCAUAUUUAGGUCUCUUUUGUUAUAUUCUGCAUUCACAAGUGUCUUGUAUCAGGUCACUUUCCAGGCCGUGUGAGGUCAAUGGGAUCCUGACUGUGACUUUGGCAUUUGAAGUUGAAGUGAUCCUUUGUUACCUGUGGGUACUUGAUAGAUGCAUAGGGUAUGUUCAUCAGAAGGAAUCACUUUCGUUUGGCAAGAGUUCCUGGAUACUAUUUUUGUUGCUAACAUUAAGGAUUGUGUCAGUAAUUACAUUAGAAUGUUUGUCAUCGCACCGCAUGAGUCUUCUGAGCAGACAAUAAAGUAAUUUCAGGUGGGGACUGCAUUUGACUUAAUUACAGGGACUACAUGGAAGCUUGGAGGAAGCAUUGCAUCCAGCCAUGGAUGAUUAAUCACUGAGGAAUUUGCAAUGAUAGAUGCCUGCUGAGCCAGCACAGAUGAUGCCUCAUCAAAUAUACAAAAAGCAAGCUAAUAACCUUCUUGACUCUCUUUUCCAUUCUAGCCUUGAAGCUUGAGGGCUCUUUAAUGUUGCAUUGGGAGAAUCAAGUUGGGAAAGGGAUGAUCAUCCUCUUUUCCAUCCAGCUGCCAUGUAUCUAUGAUCACAUGGUCACUUCUGACUCUUGUGUAUUUGUUCUGUCCUGACUUUGCUUCUUUGCCCCAGCUGGAUAUGUCAAGCACUGGCUGGGACCUGGUGAUUGGAAAGGUCUGAAAUUCCUGAGUUCCAGUCAGCAAUUGGGUGUCCAAAGAGACUAUUUCUGCAUCAGAGAAGAUGCAGAAGGAUGUCUGACCCAAGCCUGGCAUUUGAUCUGACAAUGUCCAAGGUGAAGUGUAAAGUGUCUGCUUAAUGAAUUGCAAACUGCCUUACAAGACAGCUAGGUGACACAGUUGAUAGAGUGCUGACUCUGAAGUUAGAAAGACUCAUCUUUUUGAGUUCA